GUCACGUGAGGGCUACCGGUGUGUCACGUGGCUUUGUUGUUUCCACGAGUCAGGUUCUAAUGGCGAGAAACGAGGAGAAGCAACAAGGGAGGUUGAACAGAUUGUGGCUCCAGAAAGAGAGAGAGGAGGGACGCCUCAAAGAUGCACAUGAGCGGAGACCUAAGCUGUCCGCUCUUAAUUCAGCUUCCUCUGUGAAAAAGUGGAUCCCCAGCAUCAAGAAUGAAAUAGAGUAUUAUUUGCAACAAUCCCAGCUUUCUCAUUACCCAGAGAGGAAGAUAGCUGAGUUCCAGCUGCACAUUGAGGCCUUAGAGAAAGAGUACAAAAGCUUCAUUGCCAAACUACGAGUACUUGACCCUUCCUGUAAACAUAAGCCAUGGACUCCUCGAGCAUACUGCAAAAGGAGAGCAGAGACACAAGACUCUCCGAGCAUCGUUAAAAACCUGCGCUACAGUGAGUCACUUGAGGACAGCAGUCAGUGCAGUGGAGCUGAGAGUGACUUGGCCAGCAGUUGGACGGGAUGUCACAAAACCUCAGCCACUGAGAGGCAGGGACUUUGCAGCUGUUCAGAGACCAGAUUUCAGACCCCUGUCCCCACCAACCUGAUGCCAGAAUCCUCAGAGGCAAUCUGUGCAGACCAGGACCAGCCCCUCUCCUUUGACAGGACACGGCUAGCAGUGGCCACUGCUGCGUUCAGAGGACCGUCAGUUCAGCUCAGCUCCUCUCAAACACAGAGCCUAGCCAGGGUGCUGCAGUCUGGCCUGCCAAACCUCAAUAAUUCUCCAACAGGACAAAUAUUUUCAUCACAGAUCAGAGACACAGAGAACAAUGACGGGACAACAAUGGUUUUGGUUUCUGGACAGAAACAAUGUAAGUCAGACUGUGAAGCAGCAGAGAGGAUACGUGAGAAACCAUCGAGCACCAGCACAACAGAGGAGAGGACUGGUCAUGUCCUGGGGCUAGAAUGUUACUCUUCCUCUGACGAAGACUGUGACACGUGAUAUUUUCAGAUCAUGAAAUAUAAUGGUCCAUGUUUUUCUGUAUUUUGCAUUACAGUGAAUUAUUUA